GGCGUCUGACGCUUUCUGAUGACUGGUGCUCCUGGCUAAAGAGAUCCGAGGGGUGGACAAUGCUUCCGCUAGGAACCCGCACGGCCUCUCGGACCGUGACAUUUCGAAAGACGAAGGAAAGUAGACGAGCAUCACCCUGUCUCUAAGUUAGAGUAGUUUGUGCGCAGGGUGGCAAUGCAUUAACGGGCUCCCUUCUGUGUUUUUUUGUUUCCCGGAGGCAAUGACCAGCCAGUCCCCAUAGGUCGAACACCUCGAAGGCAGAUGUCUUCGAGUCCCAAAUCGAAGUUCCCAACGUCUACCCAGUAGCUUGCACCCGGGUGCGCAGGCGCCCGGGCUCGGACCCAGUCCCUUAGGGCUGAUGAGCGGCAAUUGGCCUGAGCCCCGCAAACUAGGAGUCUGGAUUGGUGGUUGCUAGCAGGAGCCUGGUUUCUUCCUCGACUUCUGCGAGUGAUUAGUGUGUGAUUGGUUUAAAUCCGCGGGUACCCGUCGGCGAUUGGACGGCUGUUGCGGCCAGCGCGCCGCCAUUGGCUGGGCGCUAGGGCCAUCCCUCCACCAAAGCGGGCAGCGAAUGGUGAAAUGGGAACUGGGAGGGGAAAGGCCGCGACGUGAGCGCGCGACCUCGGGCGCCAUUUUGUCGAGAAAACAAGCGGAGUUAACCGAAGAGGGGGGUCGAGGAGAGCCGGAGUCGAGGACCCAGGAGUUUCCUGUGUCCAGUGCUGCCGGAGCCGCCUGAGGUGCCAUGUUUCAGAACAGAGUAAGACACUUGGUAAAGAAGAACUGAAGACAUUUACAGAUAACAGAGAUAGCCUAAUUACAAAGAAAGCAUUAACCUGCCUCUGAGGUGACUAAAGGGGAAUAAUGGUGAUUUUGCGCCGGGCUCGGCCGCCUGCUUCCGCCCCAACCAGCAAUGAAUCUUGACUCGCUCUCGCUGGCCUUGUCUCAAAUCAGCUACCUGGUGGACAAUUUAACCAAGAAAAACUACCGAGCCAGCCAGCAGGAAAUACAGCAUAUUGUGAAUCGGCACGGUCCUGAGGCAGACAGGCAUUUAUUACGCUGCCUAUUUUCACAUGUGGAUUUCAGUGGCGAUGGUAAAAGCAGUGGCAAAGAUUUCCAUCAGACACAGUUUCUGAUUCAGGAGUGUGCCUCGCUGAUUACAAAGCCAAAUUUUAUCUCAACAUUGUCAUAUGCCAUUGAUAAUCCAUUGCACUACCAGAAGGUUAGUAUAUUUUUAUCUCUAGUAAGAUUGUGAUAAUAUCUAUUUCUCCCUUUCAUUUUUGACGACGGGUCUUUCUCUGCCCAGUUUAUCAAACAGAAGCUUCCAGAUCUUCUGCGUUCUUACAUUGACGCAGACGUCAGUGGAAAUCAAGAAGGUGGCUUCCAAGAUAUAGCAAUAGAGGUCCUACACCUCCUACUCUCCCAUCUCCUCUUUGGGCAGAAGGGAGCCUUUGGAGUUGGACAGGAACAGAUAGACGCUUUUCUUAAGACACUACGCAGAGAUUUUCCCCAAGAACGCUGUCCUGUGGUGCUUGCACCACUUUUAUACCCUGAAAAACGGGACAUUCUAAUGGACAGGAUUUUGCCUGAUUCUGGAGGGGUAGCUAAAACCAUGAUGGAGAGCUCGCUAGCUGACUUCAUGCAGGAAGUGGGCUAUGGUUUUUGUGCAAGUAUUGAAGAAUGUCGCAAUAUAAUCAUGCAGUUUGGUGUUCGGGAGGUCACAGCUGCCCAGGUUGCCAGGGUUUUGGGAAUGAUGGCUCGGACUCAUUCAGGAUUAACAGACGGAAUUCCAUUACAGAGCAUCUCUGCUCCUGGCAGUGGGAUCUGGAGUGACGGAAAAGAUAAAAGCGAGGGGGCACAAGCACACACGUGGAAUGUUGAGGUUUUGAUUGAUGUUCUUAAAGAGCUGAACCCGAGUUUGAAUUUCAAGGAAGUAACUUAUGAACUGGACCAUCCUGGAUUUCAGAUUCGUGACAGCAAAGGACUUCACAAUGUGGUUUAUGGCAUUCAAAGGGGUCUGGGCAUGGAAGUGUUUCCAGUAGAUUUUAUAUAUAGGCCUUGGAAACAUGCAGAAGGCCAGCUCUCCUUCAUCCAGCAUUCCCUGAUAAACCCAGAGGUCUUCUGUUUUGCUGACUACCCCUGUCACACUGUUGCCACUGAUAUUUUGAAAGCACCACCAGAGGAUGACAAUCGAGAAAUUGCCACAUGGAAAAGCUUGGAUUUGAUUGAGUCUCUGCUGAGGCUUGCAGAGGUCGGGCAGUAUGAGCAAGUGAAGCAACUCUUCAGCUUCCCCAUCAAGCACUGCCCGGACAUGCUGGUGCUGGCCUUACUCCAGAUCAACACUUCCUGGCACACCCUACGCCAUGAACUCAUCUCUACUUUGAUGCCAAUUUUCCUUGGAAACCAUCCUAACUCUGCCAUUAUUUUGCACUAUGCAUGGCAUGGGCAGGGGCAGUCUCCAUCAAUUCGCCAACUUAUAAUGCAUGCAAUGGCAGAAUGGUACAUGAGAGGGGAGCAGUAUGAUCAGGCCAAAUUGUCUCGAAUACUUGACGUGGCCCAGGACUUGAAGGCCCUGUCGAUGCUGCUGAAUGGCACUCCAUUUGCCUUUGUCAUUGACCUUGCUGCACUCGCUUCCCGGCGGGAAUACCUCAAACUUGACAAGUGGCUAACGGAUAAGAUAAGAGAGCAUGGGGAGCCUUUUAUACAAGCAUGUAUGACUUUUUUAAAGAGAAGGUGCCCUUCUAUUUUGGGUGGACUUGCCCCAGAGAAAGAUCAGCCCAAAAGUGCUCAACUUCCCGCUGAAACUCUGGCAACAAUGUUGGCUUGUCUGCAGGCUUGUGCAGGGAGUGUUUCUCAAGAGUUAUCAGAGACCAUCCUCACCAUGGUAGCCAAUUGCAGUAAUGUAAUGAAUAAGGCCAGACAGCCACCACCUGGAGUUAUGCCAAAAGGUCGCCCUCCUAGUGCUAGCAGCUUAGAUGCCAUUUCUCCUGUUCAGAUUGACCCUCUUGCUGGAAUGGCAUCUCUUAGUAUAGGUGGUUCAGCUGCCCCUCACACCCAGAGCAUGCAGGGUUUUCCUCCAAAUUUGGGUUCUGCGUUCAGUACCCCUCAGUCACCAGCAAAAGCAUUUCCACCACUUUCAACCCCAAAUCAAACAACGGCCUUCAGUGGUAUUGGAGGACUCUCCUCACAGCUUCCAGUAGGUGGUCUUGGCACAGGAAGCCUGACUGGCAUAGGAACUGGGGCCCUUGGACUUCCUGCAGUGAACAAUGAUCCUUUUGUACAGAGGAAACUGGGCACCUCUGGACUCAACCAGCCUACAUUCCAGCAGACCGACUUGUCUCAGGUGUGGCCAGAGGCAAAUCAGCACUUUAGUAAAGAAAUUGAUGAUGAAGCAAACAGUUAUUUCCAGCGAAUUUAUAAUCACCCACCACAUCCAACCAUGUCUGUUGAUGAGGUAUUAGAAAUGCUACAGAGAUUUAAAGACUCUACAAUAAAAAGGGAACGAGAAGUAUUUAACUGUAUGCUGAGGAACUUGUUUGAAGAAUACCGGUUUUUCCCCCAGUACCCUGAUAAAGAAUUACAUAUAACAGCCUGCUUGUUCGGUGGUAUAAUUGAAAAAGGACUGGUCACUUACAUGGCAUUGGGUCUGGCCCUGCGAUAUGUUCUUGAAGCCUUACGGAAGCCUUUUGGAUCCAAAAUGUAUUAUUUUGGUAUUGCUGCACUAGAUAGAUUUAAAAAUAGAUUGAAGGACUAUCCUCAGUACUGUCAGCACCUGGCGUCCAUCAGCCACUUUAUGCAGUUCCCACAUCAUUUGCAGGAGUACAUUGAGUACGGACAGCAGUCUCGAGAUCCUCCUGUGAAAAUGCAGGGCUCUAUCACUACUCCUGGAAGUAUUGCACUGGCUCAGGCCCAGGCUCAGGCCCAGGUUCCAGCAAAAGCUCCUCUUGCCGGUCAGGUUAACACAAUGGUAACCACCUCAACAACCACCACUGUUGCUAAAACAGUUACAGUCACCAAGCCAACGGGAGUCAGCUUUAAGAAAGAUGUGCCACCUUCUAUAAAUACAACAAAUAUCGAUACAUUGCUUGUGGCCACAGAUCAAACUGAGAGGAUUGUGGAGCCCCCAGAAAAUAUUCAAGAGAAAAUUGCUUUUAUUUUCAACAAUCUCUCACAGUCAAAUAUGACACAGAAGGUUGAAGAGCUUAAAGAAACUGUGAAGGAAGAAUUUAUGCCUUGGGUUUCCCAGUAUCUGGUUAUGAAAAGAGUCAGUAUUGAGCCAAACUUUCAUAGCCUGUAUUCAAACUUUCUUGAUACAUUGAAGAAUCCUGAAUUUAACAAGAUGGUUCUGAAUGAGACCUACAGAAACAUUAAAGUGCUGCUGACUUCUGAUAAAGCUGCGGCCAAUUUCUCAGAUCGUUCUUUGCUGAAGAACUUGGGACAUUGGUUAGGAAUGAUCACAUUAGCUAAAAAUAAACCCAUCUUACACACGGACUUGGAUGUGAAAUCUUUGCUGUUAGAGGCUUACGUUAAAGGGCAGCAAGAGUUGCUCUAUGUGGUGCCCUUUGUUGCCAAAGUUCUAGAGUCCAGCAUUCGCAGCCUGGUUUUUAGACCACCAAACCCCUGGACAAUGGCAAUUAUGAAUGUAUUGGCUGAGCUGCAUCAGGAGCAUGACUUAAAGUUAAACCUGAAGUUUGAGAUUGAGGUGCUCUGUAAGAACCUUGCAUUAGACAUCAAUGAGCUCAAACCUGGAAACCUGCUGAAAGAUAAAGAUCGUCUGAAGAACUUAGAUGAGCAACUCUCUGCUCCAAAGAAAGAUGUCAAGCAGCCCGAAGAGCUUCCUGCCAUCACAACAACAACAACUUCUACAACACCAGCUACCAGUACUACGUGUACAGCCACAGUUCCACCACAGCCACAGUACAGCUACCACGACAUCAAUGUCUACUCUCUAGCAGGCCUGGCACCUCAUAUUACUCUAAACCCUACAACUGCAUCCCCACAGCAAAGGGAAAUGAUGGACCAGGCUGCUGCUCAGUUAGCUCAGGACAAUUGUGAAUUAGCUUGUUGUUUUAUUCAGAAAACUGCAGUGGAGAAAGCAGGCCCUGAGAUGGACAAGAGAUUGGCAACUGAAUUUGAGCUGAGGAAGCAUGCCCGGCAAGAAGGACGUAGGUACUGUGAUCCUGUGGUCUUAACCUACCAAGCCGAGCGGAUGCCGGAGCAGAUCAGGCUGAAAGUUGGUGGUGUGGACCCAAAGCAGCUAGCCGUCUAUGAAGAGUUUGCACGAAAUGUGCCUGGCUUCUUACCUACAAAUGACUUAAGUCAGCCUACAGGGUUUUUAGCUCAGCCCAUGAAGCAAGCUUGGGCAACUGAUGAUGUAGCGCAGAUUUAUGAUAAGUGUAUUACAGAACUGGAGCAGCACCUACACGCCAUUCCACCAACUUUGGCCAUGAAUCCUCAAGCCCAGGCUCUCCGAAGUCUUUUAGAGGUUGUAGUGUUGUCUCGGAAUUCUCGGGAUGCGAUAGCUGCUCUUGGAUUACUACAGAAGGCUGUAGAAGGCUUAUUAGAUGCCACAAGUGGUGCUGAUGCUGACUUGCUGCUGCGAUACAGGGAAUGCCACCUGUUGGUACUGAAAGCUCUGCAGGAUGGCAGGGCAUAUGGAUCUCCAUGGUGCAACAAACAGAUCACAAGGUGCCUAAUUGAAUGUCGAGAUGAAUAUAAAUAUAAUGUGGAGGCUGUGGAAUUGUUAAUUCGAAAUCAUUUGGUUAACAUGCAGCAGUAUGAUCUUCAUCUUGCUCAGUCGAUGGAGAAUGGCUUGAACUACAUGGCCGUGGCGUUUGCUAUGCAACUGGUAAAAAUUCUGCUGGUGGAUGAAAGGAGUGUUGCCCAUAUUACUGAGGCAGAUCUGUUCCAUACCAUUGAAACCCUCAUGAGAAUUAAUGCUCAUUCCAGAGGCAAUGCUCCAGAAGGGUUGCCCCAGCUGAUGGAAGUGGUGAGAUCCAACUAUGAAGCAAUGAUUGAUCGUGCUCAUGGAGGCCCUAACUUUAUGAUGCAUUCUGGGAUCUCUCAAGCCUCAGAAUAUGAUGACCCUCCAGGCCUGAGGGAGAAGGCAGAGUAUCUUCUGAGGGAAUGGGUGAAUCUCUACCAUUCAGCAGCAGCUGGCCGCGACAGUACCAAAGCAUUCUCUGCGUUUGUUGGACAGAUGCACCAACAAGGAAUACUUAAAACUGAUGACCUCAUAACAAGGUUUUUUCGUCUUUGCACUGAAAUGUGUGUUGAAAUCAGUUACCGUGCUCAGGCGGAGCAGCAGCACAAUCCUGCGGCUAACCCUACCAUGAUCCGGGCCAAGUGCUACCACAACCUGGAUGCCUUUGUCCGCCUCAUUGCACUGUUAGUGAAGCACUCUGGGGAGGCCACCAACACUGUCACAAAGAUCAACCUGCUCAAUAAGGUUCUCGGUAUAGUAGUGGGAGUUCUCCUACAGGAUCAUGAUGUUCGGCAGAGUGAAUUUCAGCAACUUCCGUACCAUAGGAUUUUUAUCAUGCUGCUGUUGGAGCUCAAUGCACCUGAGCAUGUGUUGGAAACCAUUAAUUUCCAGACUCUUACUGCUUUCUGCAAUACAUUCCACAUCUUGAGACCUACUAAAGCUCCUGGCUUUGUAUAUGCUUGGCUCGAAUUGAUUUCCCAUCGGAUCUUUAUUGCAAGAAUGCUGGCACAUACGCCACAGCAGAAGGGGUGGCCUAUGUAUGCUCAGCUGUUGAUUGAUUUAUUCAAAUAUUUAGCACCUUUCCUUAGAAAUGUGGAACUCACUAAACCUAUGCAAAUCCUCUACAAGGGUACUCUAAGAGUGCUGCUAGUUCUUUUGCAUGAUUUCCCAGAGUUCCUUUGUGAUUACCAUUAUGGGUUCUGUGAUGUGAUCCCUCCUAAUUGUAUCCAGUUAAGAAAUUUGAUCCUGAGUGCCUUCCCAAGGAAUAUGAGGCUCCCAGACCCAUUCACUCCUAAUCUGAAGGUGGACAUGUUAAGCGAAAUUAACAUCGCACCUCGGAUCCUCACCAAUUUCACUGGAGUGAUGCCGCCUCAGUUCAAAAAGGAUUUGGAUUCCUAUCUUAAAACUCGGUCGCCGGUCACUUUCCUGUCUGAUCUGCGUAGUAACCUACAGGUAUCUAAUGAGCCUGGGAAUCGCUACAACCUCCAGCUUAUCAAUGCAUUGGUGCUCUACGUAGGGACUCAGGCUAUCGCACACAUCCACAACAAGGGCAGCACGCCGUCAAUGAGCACCAUCACCCACUCAGCACACAUGGACAUCUUCCAGAACCUGGCUGUGGACCUAGACACUGAGGGCCGAUAUCUCUUCUUAAAUGCAAUUGCGAACCAGCUUCGGUACCCAAACAGCCACACUCACUACUUCAGCUGCACCAUGUUGUACCUUUUUGCUGAGGCGAACACUGAGGCAAUCCAGGAACAGAUUACAAGGGUUCUCUUGGAACGGUUGAUUGUAAAUAGGCCACAUCCUUGGGGUCUUCUUAUCACCUUCAUUGAGCUGAUUAAAAACCCAGCAUUUAAGUUCUGGAACCAUGAAUUUGUACACUGUGCCCCAGAGAUUGAAAAGUUAUUUCAGUCUGUCGCACAGUGCUGCAUGGGACAGAAGCAGGCUCAGCAAGUGAUGGAGGGGACCGGUGCCAGUUAGAUGAACUGUGUAUAUCCCUUGCAGAUGCAUCAGCCUUGGUCCGCUGAACCAAGUUCAUAAACUGAAGACUCCUCCUGACUUUCCUAGCCCUUUGGUUCUCAGGGGUCUGCCCCGCCAACUGCUGGGGUCGGUCUCCUGUCUAUGUGGGCAAGUUCCAAAGUUUAAAUGCAUUUUUUUUUUGACUCUUGGCCAAAAUUUAGAAGAUGCUGUGAAUAUCAUUUUGAACUUGUGUAAAUAUAUGAAAGAGAAAACUUUUGUCUGAAA